AUGAUGGAGUCGAAGUCUCCGGUGUGCAACACUUGCGGCGAGGAUAUUGGUGUAAAACCAAACGGCGAGUUCUUCGUUGCUUGCCAUGAGUGUAGUUUCCCGAUCUGCAAAGCUUGUCUUGAGUAUGAAUUCAAAGAAGGACGUAGAAUCUGCUUGCGUUGCGGCAAUCCUUACGAUGAGAAUGUCCUUGAUGAUGUUGAGACAAAGACAUCUAAAAACCAAUCCACUAGUGCAACACACAUUAAUAAUACUCCUCAGGAUUCUGGAAUUCAUGCUAGACAUAUAAGUACAGUCUCCACAAUUGACAGUGAACUUAAUGAUGAAUACGGAAACCCGAUAUGGAAGAACAGAGUCGAGAGCUGGAAAGAUAAGAAAGACAAGAAGAGCAAGAAGAAGAAGAAAGAUGCAAAGGCAACAAAAGCUGAAGAACAUGAGGCUCAGGUUCCUCCUCAGCAGCACAUGGAAGAAAUGCAACCGAACACAGAGGCUGCUGCUACAGAUGUGCUCUCGGUUGUGAUACCUGUCCCGAGGACAAAGAUAACUGCGUACAGAAUCGUCAUCAUCAUGCGGUUGAUCAUCUUGGCUCUGUUUUUCAACUACCGUAUCACGCAUCCUGUCGAUAGUGCUUAUGGUCUAUGGCUAACAUCUGUGAUAUGUGAGAUAUGGUUUGCUGUUUCAUGGGUGUUGGAUCAGUUCCCUAAAUGGUCUCCUAUUAACCGAGAAACUUACAUCGAUCGUUUAUCCGCAAGGUACAGAGUCUUUUCGGAACCUUCAGUUGCUUACUCUGCACGGAAUAGUACAUAUCUUGAUAAAUCAUUGUCAAAACUUUGUAGAUUCGAAAGAGAAGGCGAGCCAUCUCAGCUUGCAGCGGUGGAUUUCUUUGUUAGUACAGUGGAUCCAUUAAAGGAGCCACCUUUGAUCACUGCAAACACGGUGCUCUCCAUCCUCGCGCUUGACUAUCCGGUGGAUAAAGUUUCUUGCUAUGUAUCUGAUGAUGGCGCUGCAAUGCUUUCGUUUGAGUCUUUGGUUGAGACAGCAGAUUUUGCUAGGAAAUGGGUACCUUUCUGCAAGAAGUACUCGAUAGAGCCACGAGCUCCAGAGUUUUACUUCUCGCUUAAAAUCGAUUACUUGAGGGACAAGGUUCAGCCUUCUUUUGUGAAAGAACGUAGAGCCAUGAAAAGAGACUAUGAAGAGUUCAAGAUUAGAAUGAAUGCUUUAGUCGCCAAGGCUCAAAAGACACCAGAAGAAGGAUGGACGAUGCAAGAUGGAACUUCUUGGCCCGGUAACAACACUCGUGACCAUCCCGGGAUGAUUCAGGUGUUUCUUGGAUAUAGUGGUGCUCGUGACAUUGAAGGAAACGAACUUCCAAGAUUGGUUUACGUCUCUCGAGAGAAGAGACCUGGAUAUCAGCAUCACAAGAAGGCUGGGGCAGAGAACGCAUUGGUGAGGGUUUCUGCGGUUCUGACGAAUGCUCCAUUCAUUCUUAACCUUGACUGUGAUCAUUACGUCAACAACAGUAAAGCCGUACGUGAAGCAAUGUGCUUUUUAAUGGACCCUGUUGUUGGUCCAGAUGUCUGCUAUGUUCAGUUCCCACAGAGAUUUGAUGGGAUCGACAAGAGUGAUCGAUAUGCUAACCGAAACAUUGUUUUCUUCGAUGUUAAUAUGAGAGGUCUUGAUGGGAUUCAAGGUCCGGUUUACGUCGGAACCGGUACUGUCUUUAGAAGACAAGCGCUUUACGGAUAUAGUCCUCCUUCUAAACCAAGGAUGUUACCACAAUCUUCUUCCUCGUCUUUUUGCUGUUGUCCAAGCAAGAAAAAACCAACCCAAGAUCCUUCAGAGAUCUACAAAGACGCGAAGCGAGAAGAGCUUGACGCUGCAAUCUUCAACCUCGGUGACCUAGACAACUACGAUGAGUACGAGAGAUCGAUGCUGAUCUCACAGACAAGCUUUGAGAAAACGUUUGGUCUCUCUGCGGUUUUCAUCGAGUCUACUCUCAUGGAGAAUGGCGGCGUUCCCGACUCUGUAAACCCGUCAACGCUCAUCAAAGAAGCUAUCCAUGUCAUUAGCUGCGGAUACGAAGAGAAAACCGAAUGGGGCAAAGAAAUCGGAUGGAUUUACGGAUCAAUCACGGAAGAUAUUUUGACGGGUUUCAAGAUGCAUUGCCGUGGAUGGAGGUCGAUAUACUGUAUGCCGUUAAGACCGGCUUUUAAAGGAUCUGCUCCAAUCAAUCUAUCGGAUAGGCUUCACCAGGUUCUGCGUUGGGCUCUUGGCUCGGUCGAGAUCUUCCUUAGCCGGCAUUGUCCUCUCUGGUACGGUUGCAGCGGAGGCCGCCUCAAGUGGCUCCAGAGGAUGGCUUAUGUUAACACCAUUGUUUAUCCAUUCACCUCUUUGCCCCUUGUUGCUUACUGUACUCUUCCUGCCAUUUGCCUUCUCACCGGAAAAUUCAUCAUCCCAACGCUAUCAAACCUAGCAAGCAUGCUGUUUCUAGGUCUCUUCAUAUCAAUCAUCUUAACAAGCGUCCUCGAGCUUCGAUGGAGCGGAGUGAGCAUCGAAGACUUAUGGAGAAACGAGCAGUUCUGGGUGAUCGGAGGCGUCUCAGCUCAUCUAUUCGCCGUCUUCCAAGGUUUCCUCAAAAUGCUCGCCGGUCUCGACACUAACUUCACGGUCACGUCUAAAACCGCGGAAGAUUUAGAGUUCGGCGAGCUUUACAUUGUCAAGUGGACAACACUCUUGAUUCCUCCGACGACACUUCUCAUAGUUAACUUGGUUGGGGUCGUUGCUGGAUUCUCUGAUGCUUUAAACAAAGGUUAUGAAGCUUGGGGACCUUUGUUUGGGAAAAUUUUCUUCGCCUUUUGGGUCGUUCUUCAUCUUUAUCCUUUCCUUAAAGGUCUUAUGGGAAGACAGAACAGAACACCCACCAUUGUUAUUCUCUGGUCCAUCUUGCUUGCUUCUGUGUUUUCUCUUGUCUGGGUUCGUAUCAAUCCUUUCGUCUCCAAAACCGAUACGACCUCACUUUCACAGAACUGCCUUUUGAUCGAUUGCUAA